AUGUGGUCCGUAACUAUCGUAUUUCUGCUCUGGGCAUUCUGCCAUGAUUCGUAUUCCGAUGAACAAUGCGACGCCCUCGUUCAGAGCAGCGGAACACCUUUCGGAAGGAUCGGCAAUAAAUGCGUUUAUCUUUCCAAGAACCCAGCUUCCGGUUCUCUGACCACAACUUGCAAGAAUGUCCUUUCCAAGGAUACUAAUAACCCUCUGAGUCAACUUUCCAUCGACAACGACGGCGAGAACGAGCAGGUCAAAGGUGGGGCCGGUUAUCGUAUUAGUUUCAGAUGAUAAUCUCCUUAUCAGUUGUAUGUACACCUAGUUUCACUAUUGAUAAUUAUAAAGAACGAAAAUAUAUACUUUGAAAAAAGCGAAUAUUGGAAAAAGUCCAUUCACAACAACUUUCUGGUAUUUUUUUAAAGGAUCAUAGGGAAAAAAAGACGUUAAGGUUUUGCAACGAAAAACUUUUUACUUUAUUUACCUCGAAAAAAGAUAUAUUUCAUUCGCGAACAAUUAUUGAAAUGUUUAAAGAACAGGCGAAAGUUUAUUCUCAAAAAAAUGCGUAUAUCUUCGAUUUAUAAAUUUCUGGAAAAUUUUUUUAAAAUGUUUAUACUUUUGUAAACUAUCACUACUCUUGUUCAUACAGAAAAGAGAAGUAUCAGCAUAGAAAUGCGAAUUUUAACGACUUUUCGUGUGCGAAGCGGUCGCGACGCGUUUUGGCGCCAAUUCAAAUGAUUAUUUCACUGGUAGAGUCUCAAGUCAUCUCUAUAUAAUUGAACCUCCAAAGAACAUUAUUUGAGAUAUAUUUAUGUAAGUUCAUUCGCUGAUAUAAGAAAAUGGACCAGUUUUUGAAACAAUUUUCAUACUCCGUUAAAGUAUCCUUUCCUUUUUUAAACGAAAAAUCAUCCUUAUGCAAGUCUCACGGUGUUUCUAUGCGAGGCGGUCGCGACGCGUUUUUGGCGCCAUUAGUAAAAAAUUUAUCGCUCUCAUAGAAUCUUCGAAUUGAUUAUAAACUAAAAAAUUACAAGUUCAUUCAUUCUUCAGUGGAUAUUUGAAUCAUUGAGAAACUUGAUCGUCGGUUUACGGAAUCGCGUUGACCAAAAAUGGCCCGUAGAACAUCUUGUCUUUCUUUGAAUAGUAAAGUUAGAGAGCUGAGCUUUCCUAAGAUCAGCUGCUUCUCCAUCUAGGAACAGUACAGCUUGUCCAAGGGUGGCGGACUUCGGGAUUAUAUCUCAAUGAAGACCAACUACUCGUUGAGCAGAAAUGAGAUAAAAAUUAUCAAAAAGACGCUGAAACUCUGCUUCUCUGCUAAUUAUCUUCGUAUCAUACUGAAAAAUGCUGAAGAAGAUUCCUUGAAACUUAUUCAAUGUAGGACGAUUCACUCGUGAGCAAAAUCAGAAAAUUGGGGCCAAACCGCCUCGCGACGGCUUUGCACACACAGAUUCCAAUUAUGAUAAUUAUUGUAGAAUGGCUCCUCGACGCCGACACGAAAGAAGCCUUCAUUGGUUUGGCUAGCGAUGGUUCUUCGUGGAGCUGGAUGAACGGCGAUACUUCGGGCUAUAACCAGUUUGGUGGGACUUUUUCCUACCAAUAUUCCCUAGUCCCAUUUUUUAGCCGAUCCAACUCUUCGCACCACGAAAGCGCCUCCAGUUACCAAUCCACCGCCGAGGACUACUUGUGAGUUUUGAAAAAAAUAGUUUGGUCGCAUUUGGAAUAGCUGAUCGCAUUUGGAAUGGCUUCGGUUGAAAAAUUAUUUUUUAAUACUAUCUGAUGCUUGUUUUUUGAGGAAUUUCUUGUUGUCGUGUUCCUUCAAAAACUCAUUUCGAAACAAACAUUACAAGUGAAAGACGAUUCCACGUUCAGGAGAGAAAAAAUUAGAUGAUUAGACAGGAUUAAGGCCUUCUUAUCGAUUUUGAUAACCAAAAGUGAUUGACAAUGAAUUUGUCAUGUAAAAAUUCCGAUAGAAUGUCGAGUUUUUGGGAUUUUAGGAAAAAAAUUGAAAUUGAAUGAUAAAAAUAAUCACAGCAAUUUAGUAAGAGAUUUCGGGCCAAGAAAAAAGAAAAUAAAUUUUCCUUUUGAACUAGAUCUAUUUUUAUCACCAUGGUCGCACGUGGAAUGACUCGAAGCGUCGCGGUCCCGUUGCGGUUUGAAAAUAACUUUAACUUUUCUAACGCCGCCAACGAAAGCCGUUUUCAGUCGUUAUUCAAGUUUAGUACCACCAUCCCAACAACGAAAGUCCGUGGCGAUCGUCAUAGCAGUGGACGCCUCAAUUUACUCAACCAAUUCUUGGACCUACGCUGUAAGUUACUCUCCCUUCGUUUCAACUUGAAACAGUCUGAUUUCUCUGCGCCCUCUUCUUCUUGGUAGACUCUCUCGUGUUUGGGUGUUAUUUUUAUAUUUCCAUUGAAUCAAAAGGAAGAGAGCGCAGACAGGUCAGACAGUUUCAAGUGGUCUCAAAGAAACUUUUUCCAGCAAACCAACUUUGCAAAAUCGCUUGGUGAUUACAUAACGGCCAGGGGUCCAGCUCAAUUCGCGAUAUUUCCCUAUGGAUGUACAAAGGUGACUAACAAGGAUGGUCAUUUCACUUUGGGGUUAGGAUUUUUGUGAAAAUUGGCUAGAACACUCUUUGAUGUACAGGAUGAAAAUCCUGAACGUCUUAACCUGCAAAACUUCUUAAUUUUUGAGAAACGAACACUCAAAGUCUAAAAAGGACCUAUUUUUUCGGAUUUCUUGGACCUUAAUUAUUGAUAUUUUCGAACAUUUUUUGUUAAAAAAAUAACUGAAUCUAAUUGAAGCAAGAUUUUAACGCAUUUAAAUUUAUUUAUGAACAAAAAAAUAAUAAAAAAAUAAAUUUCAAAAAACUCCCGGAAAAUUGUUUUCCCGUGCGUCAUAAUUAUUGGCUCACAAUUAAAAAAUAAACAAAAGCUUUUUCCAGUGCGUCAUAAGGUUCUAGAACUCUAAUAAAGUUUAAUGUAUCACGAGUUAUUCUCACAGUAAACUUUGAAAAAUUGCCAAAAAUCCUUAAUAAAGUUUACAUAUUUUUCAGUGUAAAAUGCCUUUAAAAGUUCGAAACCUGUCAUCUUAAAAGAUAGAAAGUCGUGAAAAAUAGGCCUUCAUUAACUUCAGAAAAAUCCCAAACUCAAGGGGAACCUUCCUUGUAACUUUUUUUCUAAAAAUCAUCCAUAAAAAUUAAGAACCCCGGCGGUACUCUCCUACAGUACCCAGUCUACACUUCGACCUACGAAGGAAUGCUCGGGAUGGUCGCAAAUAUGAACGAGACUAUAACUCACGACUGCACACGGACCAAUCCACUGGACUUCUUAUCGUUAGUUUUUGACUUUAAAAUUAUUUAAGAAACUUCUCAGCUUUUCAGGAUGUACCUGAACAUGCCUCAAGUCUACUACAAUCGAUUUCCCAACUCGAUCCGGCCAUUCACGGCCUCUUACUUAUCUUUGAUCAUGUUCUCCGCUAACACGUUAGUUUCAGAACAGAAAGGGGAACUCAUUCGAGAAGUAGAGGUCACUAUAGGGAUAAAAAUUUCAAGUGGCCCCUAAAGGAUCAAGUUUUCAGUGAUCUUUAUGAAUCAAUACACACUGUAGAAGCAGCCAAUCAACAAGAAAGAAUUGGUCAUUAUUUUCUGCUGAUAAUGUUAAAAUUCACAGGGUUCACUUAAGGGGUUUCAGUCCAAUCCUAGCUUCUAGAUGUUCCAAAAACAGUGAACUCUCAAAAAUAAAGCUUUUCAAUAAGAUCCAAUAAUCGAAAAAAAAGUCAUUAAUUAUGAUGAUAAUAAUGUUAAUAUUUGAAGUGUCCUCUUAAGGGUUUUGAGUUUCUAGUGUUCACUUUAGAGGUCAAACUUUUUAGAAGUUGAAGAGCAAAUGAUCAAUUAUCCCUGCUGAUAAGUUAAAAUUCACAGUGACCUCUUAAGGGUUCUGAGCUCUAUCGCAGCUUUCAGAAGAUUUAGAAAUCAGUAAUCAGUUCAUUUUUGAAAUAUCAAUCAUCGGAAAAAACACUUUAAUGCUAAUAAUAUUAAAAUUCACAGUGACCUCUUAAGUGUUUUGAGUUUCUAGUGGUCAUUUUAAAGAUCAAACUUUCUAGAAAUUGAAUAAUAAAUGACCAAAUUUUCCUUCUGAUGAAGUUACAAUUCACAGUGACCUCUUAAGGGUUUUGAGUUUCUAGUGGUCAUUUUAGAAGUUUAUUUCCAAAUUACAGUGAUCCGACAGUCGUCAAGCAACUGAAUAGCUAUCAACCGAUGGCCCAAUCCAGCGUAAUCACGGUUUCCGUCGGGACAAACGGUUUUUUUGAAGUUAUUGGCUCAAAUUCCAGUUCUACCCGAUCUUAUCAAAACUUGUUUCAAGGAAAAAUAGGAAAGAAUCGAACGAGUUCCGGCCUAUUUUGAUCAUUUUAUCCGUAGAGCGCAAAUUUCAAAAAUUAUGUUGCAUACAAAUAUUCGAAAACAUGAACUAACUUAAUGAGUUCAGCGAAUUCCCUGACUCGACUCUCGAUUCCGGCCAACGUGAACUUCCGGCGAGUGACCACUGCAGAGGAGAUCAUCGACCUUGUCCCUGUAGUGGAUUCCAUCAUUUUCGGAACAGAUGGAGCUUCGAAUUUUGCUCAGCGACCACUAUUCGGUUUUGGGAAUGAUCAGCUGAUUGGUGGGUGUUGUCCCCUCGGAAGUUAUAUUAUAAUAUCGCUACAGUCCUUCCCAUAAGUAUAAAUCCACCCAUAAAUAUUGGAAUUUUCUUUAAAAGUUUUCAAAAAGUUGGUUGUAAUCAAAACCAUCCGACUAUGGGUAUUCAAAAAAAUAAACCAACGAAAAAGGGAGAUCAAAAAAACAGUGAGAAAAACUUGAAAUUUAAUUUUUCUCAAAAACCGUUUUUUUAACUUCACACACGUAAAAAUCCACUUGAAAAAAUUGAAUUUCAAUAAUAUUUCAAAAAAAUGAAAAAUUUAUCGAUUUUGGAAAAAUCGACUAGACCUCCAUUACGUCUGGCCAUCUUUUUUUUUUUGCAAGAACUAUGGAUGGAUUUAUAUUUAUGUUUGAAGACUGUAUGAGAAAAACUUCCCUGUAGAUUAUCAGAGAAUGUUUGAGCGAAUUCGCUGAGAAUUCCGAACCGCGAAGUGAAAUAAUCUUUCUUGGGAGAGUAGAAUUUCCAACCUGGUGUACAUAUCACUUCCCAAAAAAUCUUUUUCAGUCGACGCCUCGAACUACGUCGACUGCGCCUUCAUGAACAGCUCCGACGGGCUUUGGUACUCGGAUUCUUGUAAGAACAAGCGACAAAUCCUCUGCCAGUCGGUCAUUCCCACACCGCCACCACCUCCAACCCCGAAUCCGACGAUCGAAUGGAGCGAUCCGUCAGUUUUUGUCAUCUUUAAUUUGGAUGAAUUAGAACUUCUUUCACUGUUUUUCUUUGUAGUUCACUCUUUCCAAAUUAAUAUUAUUUUAAAAAAAAGUUCAGGUGCUCCCUGAAGGGAACUUUUUCCUACUUCCAGGACCUCGGCAAUGCCAAAUGUUACAGGGUGAGUGAAUUUUAAAAAAAUUUCUUCCGAAAAAAAUUUUUCAUUAAUUGCGAUGCGAAAACUGAGUUAGAUCUCAUUCAAAAUUGACAUUUUUUCGUUUUUCUUUUGACGAUUACAAUAGAGACAAAUGCAAGGUUUCUUGAUUUUACGAGGAAUUUGCGAAAAAAGAUUUUUCCGAUGAAUCCUUACAUUUUUUUCUCUUAAGAUUUACAAAUUUUGAUGAAUUUUUUCGAAAAGUACCCAAGUUUACAUAAAAUACUUCAAAAAAAUCGCCAGCUCUUGUGUUUUAGCCCUAUUUUUUGAUAUCGCUCCAGGACCAUUUAUCCAAAAAGUUAAAGGCGCAGAAGCCUUGCACGACCCAAAAUAUGAAACUGAAAAUGGCUCUUCUGUCCAAAGAUUUUCCGAAAAAUUCAAAAUCUUUAAAAAAAUCUUUCCAAAGAAAAGAAAAAAUCCAAAAAGUUCAUAAUUUUCUAAAUUUUCUAGGUCUCAACGGCGAAAAAGCAGUUCGCCGAGGCCGAAACGACGUGUAUUACUGAUCAUCCGUUAUUCCUUCACGAGCCAGUUCUGACCUCGGUUCAAACUGAGAAAGAGCUCACGAAAAUUGAUAGUGAGUGUAUGGAAGAUUUUCAAGUGCAAAGUCCAAAAGUACCAGAAAAGGAAAUUCAAAAUUAAAAGGCCUUUAAAAGACCUUCCUAGAGCCUUAUUUUAUCGUAAACGUCCAUUUUAAGAAGAUCGAAAGGUGCGUAUGAAUCAAAAACUCUUUUAAAACACCGUUCAUUUUAUUCAUUUUUGAAAUAAAUUAUUGCUCAAAGAGCUUUAUUAUCAAAAAAGUGAUCUUGAAUUUAAAUUUGAAGCCCUGGUGAGCGGGAUCCAAAACGAGGGAAUGUUCUGGUUCGGAUUACGGCGGAACUCGACGAGUUCUUGGUAUUUCGUCAACGGGGAUCCCUAUGAUCCUUCGAUGUACAGCAAUUGGCGAGAAGGUAACUUUUUCAAUACUUGUUUUCAAAAAAGGACUAUAGCUGAUUCACGGCCAGCUUGAAACGCUAAGGGGGCGUGUCCUGUCUGCGCUCUUCACAAGCCAGGCGCUAUCUCAUGCAUUAUCGUGUCAGGACCCAUUUUUUUGAUGGCUCAAGCCAGCCGUGAAUCGAGUAUAAAUCAUGGGAAAAAAUAGUUGGUUGAAAAAAGCUGAAUUUUUUUCUCAAGGAGUUCGUCCAAAAUGAACAUGAAUCCUUUCCUUCAAAAGAAAAACCGAUAGUAAAGUAAAGCUUCUUUUUCUCGUAAAACUAUCAACUUGAAGUUUUUAAAAAAAAUUUUCCAGGCAAUCAAAUGUUUUCUCUUGAAAAUAAGCGGAAAAAAUCCUUUUUUCUGUUAAAAAAUAAUUUCAUAAUCGUGAUAAAGUCAUCGAAAAUAAAUAAAUUUUCAUGAGCUUUCUAACAAUUUUGUAACUUUUUCGAAGUUUACCUAUGGAAGAAAUGGAAGCAUUUUUAAAAAUUAGCCAAAAAGUCCGUUUUCGCUCAACAAAAUGCUGGACUUAACGAAAAUAAAUAAAUUUUUUUAGGCUACCCAAGGCAAGCUGACGGUUGCGACUGCGUGGCCUACGUUCUGAACGACAAGAAAUGGAUCAACACCGACUGCAACCUCAAGCUGUUCGCCGUCUGCGCAUACCGCUACAAUACCAGUUCCGCGUUCUAG